AUGCUGUCCGGACGGCCAAACGUGCGGCGUAACCGUGGGACAAUGUUCCGAUGGGUCUUCGUCCUGCCCAGCGAACCAAGGGGUGGAUGCUGCAUCCCUGGGUUCGUAUGCGCUGAUGUCGGGUGCGUCCACAGCACCGUCUCCGUCAUCACCCAAACAACGGUAACAUCCACCACCGUAGCCGCAACCCCCUCCGCCUCAACGCAAGUUAUAACCGUAAUCGUAACCGUCACGCCCGCCGAUGGCGGCGCCCCCGUCCUUAGUACCACGACGAGGACCACCACUGCCAGCGCGACUCCCACAUCCACCAGUUCCACCACAGCAACAGGUGGCAUCCCUCCCUACCGACCCACAAGCGGUUCCUCCUCCUCCUCCUCCGCAACCACUUCCGAAUCGACAUCCUACUGCCCAACAGGGUUCUACGCAUGCGUCGCCCGCGAAGGCGGCGGAUGCUGCCGCACCGGGCGCGACUGCAGCACGACAUCGUGUCCAGCACCACCUCCCAUGACGACGAUAAUCUCGAGCGGAGUCACCAUCGCAGUUCCCGCAUCCGACGCGCAGGCAGCUGCGGGCGCGCAGCCCACCGCGACAUGUGCUUCAGGAUGGUUUCUAUGCGGCGGAGACGCUGGGCCGGUCGCGGGAUGCUGUCCCUCGGGUAUAACUGCGGCGCGGCAAGCUGCACGCUAUCGGCGAGCACGGCGACGGCGACCGUGCAGAAGGAGUUGCCGAAUGCGGCGUUGA